AUGAACUCCAGCAUGGCACAUGGAGGUAGCUUCAGCUUACAUGGGAACAUUGAUGGUAUGGGCUCCCACUAUAACCAAGGACUUCAGGGCCAUUUGAGCGGAUCUUCUACUCAUAGGAGCAGCAUGUCAUCAUAUUGGGAACAGCCGCUCAUAGAACAACAUAAUUCGCCCGAGAUAGAGUCCUCGAGAGGCAUUUCGUCAAACACGCAUCCUGGAAGCUCUUCAAAUAACACGGUAAUAAUGGACAGAUCAUCAUAUGCUAAAAGCUCAGGAUUCAAUACCACUUUCGACUCUGAAACAGAGCCAUCAUCAGACAACUUCAAACUUGAACUACAGUUGAAAGAGACACAGAUAGAAUCGUUAGAAAUAGAGAUAAAAAAAUUGAAGGAGGUAUUCAAUCAGGGUUUGACUUUCAAGCAGCAAGAAGAGCAGAAAAUGAAGAAAUCAAAGGCUCUUACUUUCGAUUCUGAAAUCCAGAUACCGGCAUCCCUGGAAAUAAUAUUUUGUAAGUUAUCAGAUUCAUUAAAGAGAAAGGACCAAGAAUUACAAGAAACAAAAAGACGACUAGAAGGAAUAGUUACAGCGGUUGCGCUUAACCCUUCAAAUUCUACUACAAAGUUUGGUAGAUAUGACGAAGAAGCUUUAGCACAUAAAAUGGUAACUCGAUUGGAAACUUUAAUGAAGGAAAACGAAGAAAUGGCAAAAAUGCUUAGUUAUGGUCGAGUGAAGGAGACAAGUAUCGAGCUCGAACUUUUACGUAAAGAAAACCAAGAACUCAAAGAAAGACUAAGGAUUCUACAGCAAGAAAAGUAA